AUGGAUACUCUUGCAUACUGUACGGGUGAAUCAGGCGCUAUCCCAUGCAAAUCAGUUUAUCCUUUGAGUAAAACAUCGGCAACUCAAUAUUCCAAGGAUAAUCGUCCGGUUGUUACCGAGUGUCGUAAGCUGUUGUGCAUGAAUGUAAAGCAGCCCAACGCCAUCCGUCUCCUCAGUCGUCAGGGAAAGUACACUGAUACCAUGUUAAAGGUAGAGUCAAUUCGCCACCUCAGUUCUACAGAAUCCCACUCCAGCCACCCUUUGCUUUUUUUCGCAGUAGGUGGCAAGGAAUUUGCUAUUUUAUCGCCUCAGAUCCUUGCCACUGGGGAGUUAUCUGUUUCUGUAAAGGAAUCUUUGUUUGAUGAGGAAUUAUACGCUGCCACAACAGGUGAUACGGGGAAGGUUUUUGUACUUGGACAAAAUAACUUCUUUGAAGUUAACGAGUCUACAGGGGAACCUUUAAGGUCCAUAAACUUAACACCCAAGACUGUAGUAAAGUAUCCCACUUUUGAUUAUCAUCGUAAAUACAACUUAAUCGUUGUUCCUGCGAAGAAUACUCAUUUAGAUCUUAUUUCUUCGCAGACCCACAAGAGCGUGCUCAGCAAAGCGUGGGAACCUCAUACAGACGCCGUUCCAAUUUUUGCACGUUUUUUUCAUGUUCACGCUUUCGAAGAAGAAAAAAACAGUAAGCCUAUUUUCAUGCUUACUACUGCGUGUAACAACUCGGAGUUGAGGUUUUGGUCUUUCAACACCGAAACUCAGCGGUUCAACCUUAAGCAGGAGAUAACUAUUAUCGAUAAGGACGACAAAUCGACACCUCAGAAAGGGGAAUUCGAAAUCAGUAUUACACCGAAUGAGGAAUAUAUCAUCCUCGCAUCACGGCAGUACGCCUUUGCAGUCGUUAUUGAAUUGCAUCGUACUCUAUUUAAAGUACAUCGUAUGACUACUUGGAAGAUGCAGGGCCCUGCGCUGUGCUGUGCGACGAGUAUCGGAAAGAUUGCGGAGAGUUCACAAAGUAAGUCAGUUAGUUAUGAGCUAUUUGUUACUCUUCGCACGCAAGAGGGGUUUUAUCAGGCGAUGUUAGACAGCAACAAGCUCAUGGGGGCAUCGAACAUGUCGAGUUCUGCAGGUAUUGAUAAAAAUCCUGUAGUUGAUUCGAUUUCUGUUUGGUUUGGAAAAUCAUCCUCUACUGGCCCGACCGAUAAAUUUAAUGAAGUGAGCAACCGGGCGGGUGGCAACACUCAGCUUACAGCGGUUUCGUCAUCGCUUUUAGGCGACAGCAAGAUUGCUAACACGAUCUCCGAAGCAAGUGCAGCAAAGGUGGUACGACAGCAAGCGGCAAAAUUUUGUGAACAACUUCUUCAAUUCGAUACUGAAUUUGCCAAUGCACAAAAAAGCGCCUCAGACAACCUUCGUAUGUUUCAGGAUUCCCGCUUUCGUGAGGAAGCGCAGUCUAUAGGCCGUCGGUUUGCUGCUCGAAACCAGGGUCGGCUGCAAUGGACCCCUUCCAGUCGUGCGGCGGGAAGCCCCGAUCAGCGUGUAGAGCCUGGCAUGAUGACAGAACAGCAACAGGAGCUGCUCCAGAGUAUCAGUAACUUCGUGAAGGAGAUCGAGGGAGGUAGCGCUGCUGCAACCUCAGCGGCUCUCAAGGCGUUGAUGCAAAAGCAACUCAAAAGUUCUGUUGAUAAGGCGUUGCUCAAUUUGGAUCACUUGGAUGUCGCAGGAACGUCGAACCCGAACAUUUCGUCCACGGGUGCGGCCAAACAAUUUCGAGCUGAUGUCGAGGCUGCAUCGCGGCAGAUGUUGGCCACCGUGCGGGGUCUCCAUGCGCAGAUGAAGACCGUACUUGAGACCUCGCACAACGAAACACAAUCCAUGAUCCAGCGUGCGCGAGGAUUGGCCGCGUCCAUCCACAAAGGCCUGACCGACCUCAAACAUGAGCUUGCAGAGGCUAAGGCCUCCCUGGCGACGCUGCAGAGUCCCGCGAGGACGGCGCCAGUGGAUCCGGACACCCUCGUCGCUCGUGUCGUCUCACAGGCCGAGGCUGGUGACUGGGCAGGCGCCCUCACAUUGGUAUUGGAGUCCGGUGAUUUACUUGCGUUGUUGAAGUUCCUCGAGAGCAACGUUUGCCAGGAGAACAUCUCAGUUUUGACGUCGCCUAACACCCUAACCCUUCCACUUUUCCUCAGUUUAUGUCUGCAGUUGACGUAUGAACUGAAUAGCGAUCCAAGCUCUAUUUUACUUCGCAUAAAUAUGUUACAUCACUUUUAUGUGAACUGGGACGAUAGCUUAAAGAAUAUGAAAGAACAAGCUGCUAAAGAUGUACGACACGCUAAGGCAUUUGAGCUGACUAAACGUGAGCUAAGAGCUGUGCAAGGAUACUUGGGGGCGAUUGAUAUUAUGACACUAGACCGUAAAAGUAAAAAUAAAUGUCGUUUAGUAAAGAAACUAAUUGACGACAUUUUAGAAAAUUAG